AUGAGCAGUUCAAAGCUUACGGUCGUCGUUCGUGUGCGGCCACUUAGCAACGCAGAAAAGGAGAAACGUCAUUUUCAAUGCGUUUUUCAACUCGAUAAACAGCGAUUACUGCUCGUCGAUCCGGAGAAAUAUGAGAACAAUAUUUUACGUCAAAAUCGCCAACACGAGCGGCAAUUCUCGUUCGAUGCGGCAUUUGGACCGAACUCGUCACAGCUCGAAAUUCAUCAAGUCACCACCUCACCUCUUGUGGACUCGGUGGUCGCCGGCUAUAACGCCACCGUCUUUGCCUACGGUGCCACGGGUUCUGGUAAAACAUUUACAAUGAUAGGGACAAGGGAACAUCCUGGGCUAAUGAGUUUACUAACUCAAAGCCUGUACCAGAAAAUUGAUUUGGACGAAUAUCAAGUGCAUCUCUCUUAUCUCGAGAUCUACAACGAAAUCAUUAGAGAUUUGCUAAGUCCCUCUGGAAGUGUUUUGGACCUGAUGGAGGACGAUAAAGGCAAUAUUCGAGUUCCAGGAUUGUCUGCAGUUCGGGCACCAAAUUUAACUCGAAUCAUGCAAAUCCUGCAAGAAGGAAACAUGCGGCGAACUCAAGAAUCCACAGAAGCAAACAAGACUUCAUCACGAAGUCAUGCACUUUUGCAGGUGGUCCUGCAACGACACAAUCGUCCACAUUCAAAGUUGUUUCUUAUAGACUUAGCAGGUUCCGAAAGAGCUUCCAAUACGAAUAAUCGUGGCAUCCGCUUGAAAGAAGGUGCUGCUAUAAAUCGUUCAUUGCUUGCUCUUGGAAAUGUUAUAAACUCACUUAGUUCAAAUACGAAAGGCAGAUAUGUCAACUAUAGAGACAGCAAGCUGACGCGACUUCUAAAGGAUUCACUUGGUGGAAAUGCCCGCACAUGCAUGAUUGCUCAUGUCACAGCUGCCAGUGGUCAUUAUGAGGAAACGUACAACACCUUAGUCUACGCUGCUAGAGCAAAGAAUAUCACGAAUAAGGUCACACGAAAUCGUCCAGCAUCAGCAGAUCAACCCUAUAGUGAAGCUAUGAGGGAGAUAAAGCGAGAAUUUGAACGACGGACAAUUCCACAUGCUGCAUCUACAAAUCAAAUUGACAAAACGACUCCAACCGACCGAUAUCGUGGUGGUGUAAGAUGGAAUGGAAGUACAACUACAUCAAAUGGUACAAUUAGGUCGAGGCGAUCGGAUGCAUCGAGUGAGAAACGAGACUUUGCAUCUUUGUUCAAUCAGCUAAAAGAGCAAUAUAUCAGCAUCUCAGACAAGCAACAAAAGCUUAGGGAACGUCUUAUGCAAGCGAAUCAGGAUGCCUAUGAGGUUGAAAUGGGUCGAACUUCGAAAGUGGCCAUUAUAAGUGCUUGGGAGAAGCAUAAUCAGUCAGAAAGAGCUGUAGAAAGCAUCAAUCGGCUAAAGUCAGAAGUUGCCGAAUUGGACGAGCGACUAAACCAAAUGGUCUAUAUCCGACAAAAGUUGGAAAAAGCUCUUCGCAAAGGACAAGAGACGGCCAAAGGCGUUGAAACUAGGCUGAGAUCAUUAGCUCAAACGAAAGAACAGAAGGAAUUGAUAGAUCUCGUAGUCAGAAUGGACAGCAUGCAAGCUGAACGGAUCUCAGCAGUAAAUGAUCUUGCUAUACAAUCCAUGAUUAUGCAAAAGACGGAUAGUUCCAUGUCAAAGCUAACAAAAUACGAAAUGCUAGCUGAGAAGUUGAUUGAAGGUCGAUUAGAUGAUAAGGACCGUGAACAACUCGAACAAGAGUAUAGAAUAGUAAAAAACCAAUUUCAUUACCAUUUGAUUCCGCUCAAAAACAUUCAUACCGUCGUGUCAUGGAACUCAUUGCUUCUUCCAAAAUUGAACUCAUCUCCUUCAACUUCUGACGAAACGGAGCGAACAGGAAGUAGGAGGAUGAAGAAGCAGGACUCAGUGCAGCUUCCAACCAUCUUAAAAGGUCGAGAGGUCGAAAAAGACUCAGGAACUGAUUCUUAUGAUGGCGGAAGUAAGAGGAUAAUUUAG